AUGGGGACUAAUGUAAUUAUAAAAACAAAUGAAAAUGGAAUUUUUCGAAUAAUCGAUAAUAUUAGGAAUUAUCCACAAACCCCUGUUUUCACAGUAGAAAAUAAAUUUCCUAUUUUGAAUUAUUUCACAUUUUCAUGGGAAAGACAAUUUACCCCUUUUGGGUUUAUUAAAUUUGUACAUGAAAAAUAUUUUAUCGCCCCAGCUUUUGUAUUGAUAUAUAUAUUAAUUUGUAAAUAUGGUCAUGUAUUUAUGAGGAAUAAAAAAGAAAUAAAACUAAAGUGGAUAAUAAUAAUAUGGAAUUUUUUAUUAUUUUGUUUUAACAUUAUAGUAACUAUUAAAUUAUUACCAGUAUUUAUUUAUAUAAUAAAUAAUUAUACAAUAAAUGGUUUAUUAACAAUCCCUCCAAUUUAUGUGUGUGGUUUUGGGUCUGUUGGAUUAUGGAUAUUUUUAUUUAUUAUAUCGAAAUAUAUUGAAUUAGUUGAUACAAUAUUUUUAAUUUUAAAAAAAAAAAAAAUAACAUUAUUACAUUGGUAUCAUCAUUCAACUGUUUUAUUAUACACAUGGGAUACAUAUUUUGUUGAAUUACCAGCUGGAUUUAUUUUUAUAUUAACAAAUGCAUUUGUUCAUACAAUUAUGUAUUUUUAUUAUUUUUUAGCUACAAUAUAUAAUAAACCAUUGAAAUGGAAUAUUUUAGUUACAAUUAUUCAAAUUAUACAAAUGAUAUGUGGUAUAUUAUUGACUAUAUAUUGUUUAUAUAUAUCUUAUAUUUAUAAAUAUAGUAAUAAUUGGAAUGCUAAUUUAAUUCAAGAAUUAAAAAAUAAUUAUUCUUUUCAGCAUGGCCAUUAUAUAUCUAUAAAAAAUAUAUUUUUUGCAUGUCUCAUGUAUUUAUCUUAUCUUUAUUUAUUUAUCAUGUAUUUUAUAAAUAGGUAUACUUCUGGUAUGCAAAGAAAUUCUUUAUUUCAAAAAAAAAAAACUUGA